AUGGUGUUCGGCAUACGCAGGCGACAUGAGGCCGAGAUAGUCGAGUUCGAGGUGGCCGAGACCGCCUCGGAGCGGGAGAUCCUGCGGUCUUUGGGUGUGGCGUCGCUGACCCAGUUCGAGAAGAUGCACCGGCUCGAUCCGAAUAUGCCCAUCGACGAGUUGGAGCAGAUCGACGCCGCCGUCCGGGAGGGCAAUGCCGAGAAGGGCGUCGAGAUUGAGCAUCUGAUCGUUGAGGAUAACUCGCCAUAUCCCGAGGUCCGCUCGACGGUCCGCAACUACGAUGUCGAUCUCCCAGCGAAUACGAUUCGGGCAUGGGUCAUCGGCAUGGUCCUCUGCACGAUAGGUUCUGGGGUGAAUAUGCUGUUUGCUCUGAGGAACCCCAGCGUCGUCGUAACGACCUACGCUAUCCAGCUCGUGGCGUAUCCCAUAGGACUCGCAUGGGAUCUGAUCUUCCCGGACCGGACGUUCAAGGUGCUCGGGCUCAGUUUCAACCUGCGGCCGGGCAAGUUCAAUUUCAAAGAGCACGUGAUUAUUACGGUCAUGUCAAAUGCUGCGUACGGUGGUGGCUCGCUGUAUGCGACCGACGUUAUCAUUGUCCAACAAGUAUGGUACAAGCAAUUCUUCGGCUGGGCUUGGCAGAUUCUUUUUGGUAUCACAACGCUCUGCAUGGGUUAUGGCCUGGCGGGGCUGUCGAGGAGGUUUCUCGUGUGGCCGGCCUCAAUGAUCUGGCCAGGAACGCUGGUGAACUGCGCUCUGUUUUACACGCUCCACGACCACUCAAAAUCCGAUCCCGAGUCCGCUUGCGGCUGGCGAAUUGGCCGUUAUAAGUGGUUCCUGAUUGUAUUUUGCAGCGCUUUCGUCUGGUACUGGUUUCCUGGCUGGAUCUUUCAGGGACUCAGCUACUUUUGCUGGGUGACAUGGAUCGCGCCAGAGAACGUCAUUGUCAACCAGUUGUUCGGCGGCGCCUCGGGCUAUGGUCUGCUGCCGAUAUCCCUCGACUGGACCAUCAUCUCCGGCUACCUUGGGUCUCCACUCAUCCCGCCUUUCUAUGCCAUCGCGAACACCAUGGUCGGUCUGAUUGUGUUCUUCGUCAUAAUAUCGAUGGGGUUGCACUACUCUGGGCACUGGUACGCCGCCUACCUGCCCGUGAGCAGUGGUCAAUCCUUCGACAACAGAGGUCAAGUUUACAAUGUGUCGGCUAUCCUUAACGAGAACUUCCACUUUGAUGCCGAGAAGUACUUCUCUUACUCGCCCCUCUACCUCCCCACCCAGUUCGCCCUCGCCUAUGGUCUAGCCUUCGCGACCGUGUCGGCCAUUGUAGUCCAUGUAGCGCUAUAUCACGGCCGCACCAUCAAAGCCCAAUUUACGCUCGCCCGGGAUCAGGAAGACGACAGUCACAUGCGAAUGAUGAAGAAGUAUCGGGACGCAGAGGACUGGUGGUACGCGGCCCUAUUUGCCGUCAUGGUCGCACUGGCCUUUGUUGUCGUAUGCGCAUGGCCGACCGACUUCCCCUGGUGGGCGCUCAUUGUCUGCCUCCUUAUCCCCAUCGUUUUCACAAUCCCGAUCGGCAUCGUGCAGGCGAUCACGAAUAUCCAGCUGGGCCUGAACGUACUCACGGAGUACGUAGUGGGAUAUAUGCUGGAAGGCCGCCCACUGGCGAUGAUGAUGUUCAAGAACUAUGGAUAUCUAUGUAUGGCACAGGCGUUAUUCUUCGCCUCGGACAUGAAAUUGGGUCAUUACAUGAAGGUGCCGCCGCGGACAAUGUUCCUCGCACAGUUGGUAGCCUCCAUUUGGUCGGCUGUGAUACAAAUCGCUGUCAUGAACUGGGCGCUCGACCAUAUCCCAGACAUUUGUACUACCAACCAAGAACACAAUUAUUCCUGCCCCAAUGCCAAGGUCUUCUAUACGGCGUCAAUAAUCUGGGGCGUCAUCGGUCCUAGGAGGAUGUUCAGCGCUGGCGCCCUGUACUCGUCACUGCAGUGGUUCUGGCUAUUGGGCGCUGUCGUACCAGUCUUCACGUGGCUUAUGGCCCGCAAAUAUCCGAUGAGCCUGUGGCGUUAUGUGCAUAUACCUCUUCUCUUCGGAGGCACUGGUUACCUCCCGCCAGCGACGGUUUAUAUCUAUCUCUGUUGGGGGAUAGUGGGGACCGUGUUUAACUGGUUCAUCAAGCGGCGUUUGAAAGCCUGGUGGCUUCGAUAUAAUUACAUCACCUCGGCCGCACUUGAUACGGGGCUGAUUAUAUCAACAAUCAUAAUCUUCUUCAGCCUGUAUUUCACGGAAACAACCUCACCACGCUGGUUCGGCAAUGUAGGAGCAUUAUCAACCUUGGACAUGAGCGAGACAGCCGUGCAGUCUGUCUUACCACCGGGGCAAACUUUUGGUCCUAGCACGUGGAUAUAG